GAUACUCCUGCCACAGGAUCAGUGGUGGCAGUGUGAAAAUGGCGCGCACUCAGUUUUCCGCGCUGUUUGUUUUAAGUGUCAUCACAGUGAUAAGUGGCCAGUGUCUGGUGGAGUUUCAAAAUGGCACAGUUUCCAAUAAUGGUUCCACAUGCACCUCAUUCUCACAGUCAACAUUCAGCAACACUACCACCUGCUCCUGGAAACAGCUUUCAGACUCAUCACAGGGAAAUCUCACAAAUAUCAAAGCAUUUACAGACGCUGCCUUUGAUUUGUACUCAUUGCUGAGAUCUAGACUUGACGUCAGUCAUGUCGUGAACUAUAUCAAUCAAGUCAGGACGAAAGGCCCAAUAGUGGGUUCACUGAAAGAUGUGGAUUUUGCGAGGCUCUGGUUCCAAGUGAAGCUCAGUCCGCACCUGUCAUCGCUGUCCAGAGACACGCUCUCCUGUCUGAGUCAAAGCAACCUCACCUGCAUGAGCUUCCAAGAACUAGUGAAGGAUCUAAGCUUGCAGAUUGGUCCUGCGAGGCAAAGGAUGGUGUAUCAGAACUUCAUAAAACCUUUUCUGGCGAGAAAUACAGCUGAUGCUGGCUGUGUCAACAGUACAAGCAGCGCUGGGGAAUGGCUUCAGCUGAACUUCCAAACAUUCUCUGCUAGCGCAAGUCUAAGAGAUUUCAUAGCUCUGAAUCCAAAGUUUGAUGGGCUGCUUGUCCUAGAUAAGCUCACCCCAGAGCAGAAAGCUGAGCUGAUCUUUCGGAUGGAAGAAUCUGCUAAACUAAACCUCAGUGUCAUCACUCAGAUCUUCCAGAGUGUGCUGCCGCCGCUCACUAACAUGCCGCUUUACACGGCCAAUAAUCUCAGCGAUUUCCUGGUUUCUUUGAGACCAUUGGGAAUAUUCAUCAGAGCAUGCAUGAACAUUUCUCAGACGACUGUCAGCAAUAUCAGAAACGAAACGAUACAGCAUCUGGUGAACUGGGCCAUGAACUUUGACAACCAAAUCUCAAUAAAUAAUUUCAGCAUCAGCAACUUCAGUGAUUGGUUACAUUUUGUGGUUCUUCCUGUGAUGAAGAAAUCUCUGCAAGCUAACCAGAUUUUAUCAAAUUACACAGCAUUCGACUCUGUUUUUCCUGCAGAACCUGAAAUCACAGAACCCAUCGACAAUUGUAAAGUCACCAGCAAUAACAGUUCCUGUCAUACAUCACAGAUUGAAGAGAAUCUGGCAAAAACAAUUAAUUGUGUCGCACAAUCAAAUCUGAGAUUCACUGAGGAAGACCUGAAACUUCUGAUUACUGAACUCUCCAGAUCACUGCAGAUGGAGCAGUCUAGAGCGGUGACAAACUCAUCUCAAAGCAACCUCAGUACGUUGUUUGCAGAACUGCCAGCAGAAAGCUUCACAUCUGGAAAUCUCGAGGAUCCUGACUUCAUGAGUUUCUGGUUCCAAAUCAAGAUGAAGCCCCUGCUACCUGAAAUUCCACGUGAAUUCCUGUCCUGCAUCAACACACGUGCCUUCAGCUGUCAGGCCUACAGGGCACUCUAUGUGGAGCUAAAUAAUAAUUCUGGACUGAUGAACAGUGCGACACAGAGAUUUGUCCUCAAUGACUUCAUUCGUUCAUUCCUGUCACAACAUCAAAACACAGGUGUCGACUGCACAUUGCCAUUUAACAACAGUGUGGACUUCAUCCUGCAAAACUUUGGCAGUUUCUCUCCGUUGGCACAGCUUCAAGAUUUCUCCAGUCUCAGCCGCAAUUUUUCAGCUGUGGAUGCUGUUUCUGUUCUCACAAUGGGGCAACUGGGUGAACUGGUGUUCAGUCCUCCUGCUAGACCAGAAGACAGAGGAAACAUCCUCACUAAAGUCUUUGACUUCCUUCUUCAAGCCUCCAACAGAGACAAACUAAACAACUUCCUCCCCGCUCUUCAGACACAGGCCAGAAAGGCGAACUUCAGAUGUGAAAACUACAGAGUCAUUUUUGACAGGAUGGAUAAGACAUUAUCAUCAGUCGCUCCGAACCAGUCUGAAGCCCUGCUGACGAUCAGAGACUCGGUGAUGAUGAUUCCUCCUGAUGAGUGCAUUGAGAGAACGAGCCAAUGCACAACAACUCCUGUAAAUGAGACUGUCCUCUGUGCAAGUGUCAACAGCUCUGCUGUGGAUCAGUUCUUGAGCGGAGCGGCUCCAAACACAGCAGGACUUUGUAACUUCACUGUGUUGCAGUUCGCCUGUCUCCCAGCGCUGUCACAGUUAAACUCUCAACAAGUGGCUGACCUGUUAGCUUGCAAACUGUCCAGCAAUGUGACAAAAGAAACCUGGAAGCUUUUCUUCACCAAAACCAGCACAAACCUUGAUGAUGCACUGCUGAAAUUUUCCAACAAGGCUCCCAGUGUCAGCAAUGUGUCUUUGUCCGAUGUGCUGGAUGUGAUUGAUGACGUCCGGAUCAGUCGCUUAAGUCCCCAGAGACUGAAAGAUCCUGUCUUCAUUCAGUCAUGGUUCCAGGGGCGACUAAAACCCUUCUUACCAUCAGUAUCUCAAAGACUCCUGUCCUGCCUCAGCACCAAAAACUUCACCUGUGAAAGUUACCGCACUAUCUAUGUGGAGCUAAAUAAUAAUUCUGGACUGAUGAACAGUGCGACACAGAGAUUUGUCCUCAAUGACUUCAUUCGUUCAUUCCUGUCACGACAUCAAAACACAGGUGUCGACUGCACAUUGCCAUUUAACAACAGUGUGGACUUCAUCCUGCAAAACUUUGGCAGUUUCUCUCCGUUGGCACAGCUUCAAGAUUUCUCCAGUCUCAGCCGCAAUUUUUCAGCUGUGGAUGCUGUUUCUGUUCUCACAAUGGGGCAACUGGGUGAACUGGUGUUCAGUCCUCCUGCUAGACCAGAAGACAGAGGAAACAUCCUCACUAAAGUCUUUGACUUCCUUCUUCAAGCCUCCAACAGAGACAAACUAAACAACUUCCUCCCCGCUCUUCAGACACAGGCCAGAAAGGCGAACUUCAGAUGUGAAAACUACAGAGUCAUUUUUGACAGGAUGGAUAAGACAUUAUCAUCAGUCGCUCCGAACCAGUCUGAAGCCCUGCUGGCGAUCAGAGACUCGGUGAUGAUGAUUCCUCCUGAUGAGUGCAUUGAGAGAACGAGCCAAUGCACAACAACUCCUGUAAAUGAGACUGUCCUCUGUGCAAGUGUCAACAGCUCUGCUGUGGAUCAGUUCUUGAGCGGAGCGGCUCCAAACACAGCAGGACUUUGUAACUUCACUGUGUUGCAGUUCGCCUGUCUCCCAGCGCUGUCACAGUUAAACUCUCAACAAGUGGCUGACCUGUUAGCUUGCAAACUGUCCAGCAAUGUGACAAAAGAAACCUGGAAGCUUUUCUUCACCAAAACCAGCACAAACCUUGAUGAUGCACUGCUGAAAUUUUCCAACAAGGCUCCCAGUGUCAGCAAUGUGUCUUUGUCCGAUGUGCUGGAUGUGAUUGAUGACGUCCGGAUCAGUCGCUUAAGUCCCCAGAGACUGAAAGAUCCUGUCUUCAUUCAGUCAUGGUUCCAGGGGCGACUAAAACCCUUCUUACCAUCAGUAUCUCAAAGACUCCUGUCCUGCCUCAGCACCAAAAACUUCACCUGUGAAAGUUACCGCACUAUAACUACUGCUUUUGUGAACUCACCUCUACGAGAUGGACAAGACAUUUGCAAUCCACUGCAACCCAAUGGCACUCAAACACAGGCUGACCUGAUCUACACAAACUUCAUGAAAGCCUUCCUCUAUCGCAAUGACAUUGGUGAUCCCGGGUGCCUUAAAGACACUGCCGGCAGUGUGCAGUGGGUCAACAGAACCUUUGGGCCAUUCGUUCAGUCAGCUUCCCUAAAGGACCUUGUGGCACUGAACAAAAACUUCAUAGCGGUGGAUGUUCUACCUCUUCUGAGUUUAAGACAACUAUUUGAGUUUUCUGUAACUCCUGGUGCACUAACUGAUCCUCAAAGCGUCAUCAAUGUCAUGCAGCAUGUUAAAGAUUGCCAGCUUCCUGCUUUCUUUGACCUCUUUUCCCCAAAAGUGCAGGACAUCCUGCUCACACAAGAUGUAAGAGCAGCACUGAUUAAACAGAUAUUUGACAGAGCCAGCCUGUCUAAUCCAAGCAUCACUAAUCAAGAAGUUGAAGUCUGGAUCCAGCGUAGACUAAAACCUCUGUUAGCCAACCUUUCAGAAAGCCUUGUGUCUCCGUUUUUCACCAUCCUCAACACAAGGGACUGCAAUAUCACUCAAACAGCUCUGGGGCUUUUAGAUGUUGCUCAACCUUCAUUAUCCAUAAACACCACAAAUGCAAUAUACCGUAACAUCCUUCAAUCCAUCAAAGGGCCACAGUCUCUGAGGUGCUACAGAAAUAACAGCUUUAUCAUGUUCCUAAACGAAAGCCUGUACGGCUUUGGGCCGCUUCCAAAUGUGAACACCUUCCUCUCUCUGAUACCACCAACUCGGAAAUCUGAGAUUGUAAACUCUAUAGCUCCUUCUGAGCUAGGAAGCUACUUGAGACAGCCAGAAGUGGUGAACAACGAUUCACAAAUCUGUGCCAUCUUUAACAGCUUUGCUAAAACCCCUGAGUUCUUGGAAACCGAAGAUGUUCCAGAUAAUGUUAAAAGCGUCAUCCUUCCCUGUGUCUGGCCUCUGGCGUUGACAAGUGACAAUGAGACAGAGGCUGAUUUGUGGUUUAACCGUAGACUGAAGCUCUACUUGAAGUUCCUGAACAAAGAUCUAAUAGGGUCAAACGUCACACUGAGCGCAUCUUGCCAAUCAUACAAGAAAAUGGUCGUUGUUUUAGGCAGAGAUUUCACCUUUACUGGUUCUCAGAUUACCACUCAGGAUGUGUACAACACCAUCAAGACAUAUCUGAAAACAGACACUGAAGCAAAAUGCUACAACGCCUCUGACGCAAGACUGAAUUCAACUGCAUGGUUUGUCAAUAACAUUGGCGUAUUUAUAACUUUAUUGACUCUGGACGAUCUCUACUCCUUCGGCCCUGAGAGCACGAUGCAAAUCUUCGCUGUGAACCCUGAUAACAUAAAGCUGUUCAAUCAAAAGGCACUUCCGAAGAAAGUCAUCAGCCGCUACACUGAACUCAUCUUUCUAAAAAACCCCAACUUUAAUCUUUUUGACUUGCCUUCGGUUUUGCAGUGCGAUGCCCCAGUAUCGACCUUCACUAAACUAAAUGAGAGUGAAACUAAUGUUAUUCUUGGAAACUUCAAGACAUCUUGCUCCGAUGUGGAUCCUGCGAUAUCUUCUGCUCUCGCGAGAAACAUCAAGACCAUAGAUGCUGGUACUAUUACCAACUUGGGAAGCCAAGUUGUUGGCCUAACAAUUACACAAAUAAACUUAGCACCUCCAUCGGUUCUUAUCAGUAGUCUCUCAACACUGGGCAGUACGUCUGGAUGGUCCCUCGGACAAGCCAAGGCAAUCAUAGGAGUGCUUCUCAGUGGAGAUUUUAAGGUCGACAGUUCCAGCAAGUUGCUGAGUCUUGGAUCGCUGAUUGGCGGGAUCCCUUCAACAGUACUGGCAAAGAUUCAGCCGAUACAAAUUCUUUUAACAAUUCAAAACACAGAAUUUGUAAAAAGCAUACUGGCUGCCCCAGAGAUUGUUCAGAAGACCUUUGUGAGCCAGAUAAUGAAAUUGGGAUCGACACCAUCUGUCUUAAUGACAAGCAUUCCCAGUGACUUGGCCGUUCAAAUUCCAAGAAAGUUCCUGGAGAUUACCACCGAUAUAGAUACAACAGUUCUGCAAGAGUUUAACACAAAAAAGUGGAAACCUGAACAGGCAGUCCUUUUCUUUGAUUCUGUGGCAAAUGCUUUUGAUCAAGCUGAUGACCUGUCGGUGGAAGUUUUGCAAGGAUUUACAUGCUCACGAGUGCAGAAAUUCACCCAAACCAAAGUCAAAGGCCUGAUCAAAGCCUGUCGAAGGAGAUCAGACAGACCUAAGGUGGUGCUGAGCGAGACUCAGCUGACUUGCAUGUACAACCUUAUUAGAAAGGAAUCACCUUUUGAUUUUGAAAACUAUCAUUCAGAUAUGUUGCUGUACUUCAAUUAUGAAACAAUCAACAAAACCCUCUGCAAAGCAUAUUUUACGCAAGUCGGAGCAGCAGAUCUCUCAGUCUUUUCAAGCACACUGAGCGGAAGAAGGGACAUUUUGUUGAGUAAUGCUAUAGAUUGCUUGGGCAUUAAUAGAACAAGCAUCAAGAAAAAGGAUCUGACAGUGCUGGGCAGCUUGACAUGUGCUGUGAGCGGUGACGUCAUCAAAAACUCAGACCCAGAAAUCCUCGAGUACUUGAAGAACUGCACAGAUCUCUCCGAUUCGCAAAUGUUAGCCAUGCAAGAACUUCUUAUGAAGGGAACUUCAAAAUAUGGACCAAAAGAAAAGUGGAAUCAGAAAACACUUGAUGAUCUGGACAUUCUGCCUUUGUACCUCUCACAAGACUUUUGGCGAUCAUUCAUAGAGAGUGACUUAGCCAAGUUCUUGAAAAGCUUCUUAAAACGUGUGCGUGGACGAAACACACCGAAGCCACAACUGAAAAAGCUGUUUAAAGCAAUCAUUAUAAAACCAACAAGAGCCAAGAGGGCAGCGAGUGACUGUACCAAGGGCAACAUCACUAGUGUUACCAUCAGCGAUGAUGCCUUCCCCUUUGGAUUUGAUGAUGUGCAGUUUGGCCACUGUCUGAGUUCAACCGUAGUGAGGGACAACCUCGCUAGCCUCUGUGAAAAAAUUGAGGAUAGCACCUUUCAGAGAAUCAUUUUGGACAAACUCAGAGAGAUACUGCCAAAUGGGCUUUCAGAUGAUCAGGUCCAGGUGCUCAAGUCCGUGUCCAGGAACGCAACAGUGGAGGAUAUUAGUAAAUGGAACAUCACUAAAUCCGACACACUGGCAGCGCUCAUGAACGCCAAUGAUGGCGACUGGUCCUCUGCACAGAGCGAACUAAUCAUUACCAGAUACCUAAGCGCCAGCAACAGUCUGACUGCCACUGGGCUCAGUCUUGUGAAAGGACCAAAUCUCUGCUCUCUUAACGCCACCGUGUUGUCAACAAUACUGCCUGAGAGUAUGCGGGAGUCCGAUGCUUUGGAUGUGUCAAAAUGUUCAUCUGAGAAAAAGAAGGUACUCUUCACCAUCGCCAACAAAGCAUUUCCCAUGUCCCCUGCAAGCGGUCAAAGUGCCAUCCUGUCAGCCUUCCAGCUCAUUGAAACCUAUCUGGGAGGUGCAGAUCUAGGCUACAUUAGGAAUCUGUCAUCAUACAGUGUCAGCAUGAGCCUGUCCACUUUCAUAAAUCUGGAUACAAACGUGAUCUCGAACCUCACCAUAUCAGAUGUAGUGGGUCUUCUUGGUAACAAUUUGCAGGAUCUAGAAACAUUUCAAAACCAAACUGCCGUGCGGAGCUGGAUCUCGCUGCAGUUACAGUCAGAGCUGGAUAAACUCAAUCUCUCUCUGACUGGAGGAAAAGCAACAGCAGACACAACAGCUGCUGCCCCGUCUACUAGUACCACUGUGACAACUAAAGCUGCGACUGUCAAAGUCACUGCAGGCGCUCCAGGAAUCCGAGCCAGUGGAUGGAAAGUUUCCUUCAGCAUUCUUGUAUUCAUUAUUACCUUAAUCAAAGUGGAGAUUAUAUAGCAGCACUGACCCCAGAUCAGCCACACUGUAAUCUCACCAAGAUGAUAUAUGUGUGAGACUCUGCAGUUGAAGGAAUACAAAUAUAGAGAAUAUUACAAUCUACUUAAUCUGUUUAUAAUCACAGUCAUCCUAUUGUUCUUCCUAUUCAUAUUUUUCCUACAUAUACAUGACAUAUAUUAUAAUUGACAUAUGGAAAAAGAAAUGUUGCACUACUAGUUAAAGCAAAGGAUUUGAUUAUUGUGCAACUGUCUAAAACUAUAAAGCUUCUAUAUUUAAGUGUUUCAGAUAUUUAGAAUCGUCUUUGUGAAUUUGAAUUCCUUGUGCUUUUCUUGAAUAUGACAAAAAGUAAAAUGUUCUAUGACUGGUACCUGUUUAUUUAUGACAAUGAUCAUAACUAAUAAUGUAAAAUGUAGUUAUGCAGAAAUUAAUAAAAGGUACUCUAUGAUGAACAAAACA